UUCAUGCAGAAAUCCAAACUCUAAUUCCAACGUUUUUGCAACCACAACAUCAGUAGUUUUAUGUAUGCAACGCAUGUAGUUUUUGGUAUUUAAUUAUAAUAUUCAGGGAACACAGGACUGUAAACUGACAUUUAAAGUUACUGUAAAUGUUUCGGCAUUUAGUAACAGACACUGUCUUAUGUUGCUUAGCUGACUGGUUCAGAAAUAAAAGGGAGAUCACUAAUAAAGGCGAAAAACCAGUUUAACUUAAUUCCUCUUUGCAACAGAGGCAGUCUUUCCAGAAUAAAGCUUCUAUUUUUCGCAACAACAUACCGUGACUGUCAGAAACCCACCGAUCCAGUCAAACGGAAUGUUUUAAGUGGUUGGGUUUCUAGUGUUUUCUACUUUAACUAUUAGCGACGUUAAAUUUAAAGUGCAGAUUGGUAGGCUCGGCAUAAACAAAAUAAUGCAUAGAAACCAUCAUUAUAAAUUUGAGCAAAAUUAAUUAAUAUUUAACCAGAAAUGUGAGAAUAUCACGCGACAUACUUUAGUGUGUAGUUUUUGGUAUUUAAUUACAAAGGCUGUAUAUACUCCAGCUUGUUGCCGACUGCGCGGGGCUAAUCACAGAUGGUUACAUACUAAGUUUCCGUACUUAGUAAAUUUUGUUCGGAAAGUUAGACACUCCCACGCAGUCUGUGUCUCAUAAAAGAAGUCAACCUUGUAUUACCAAGAGUUGAAUAAUCGUGGAGGCUUUUUGUUUGUGUAUAAAUAAGUAAACUAGAUUUGCAAGAUUUAUAUAUUUAGCACGUUGGUUUAAUAUAUGUAAUAAUCCGACAGUAUGUUUUUUUCUACCUUUAACUUUAGGACCUAGAGGAUAUAAACUUUUGUUCUAAAGUACAACCUUUGCCGUUGACAUUCCGCCGUGGAGGUUAAUGAUACCUUCUCGCUGGUUUUGCUUUUCGCAUUUGUGUAAAUAGUAUUAUUUUAUUUAACAGGCUAUUUGAGCUGUGUUUUUCGAAGCUAUCAAAUGAAUUGGAACUGGAGUGAGAUAUUUUCAAGCCCAUUAUGGGCAGUUUCCAGCCUAAUACUGGGGCUGGUGGUUUGGGUGCAGCGGAGGGCGCGCUGGGACCCCCGGGACUGUCCAGUGCAGCUCAAAGGCAAGACGGUCAUUGUCACAGGAUCCAACACCGGAAUAGGGAAAUUCGUAGCACUGGACUUUGCCCGGCGCGGCGCGCAUGUAAUCCUCGCAUGUCGCAGCAAGGAGCGUGGAACAGCGGCAAUGCACGACAUCCGUCGCCUAAGCGGCAACCAGAAUGUGCAUCUGCGCCUGCUGGACACUUCAUCUCUGCAGUCCGUUCGGCAGUUUGCCGAAGACUUCCUGCGAGAGGAGAAGCAGCUGCACAUUUUGGUGAACAACGCCGGGGCUUCUGGUUUGCCUAGGAGGAUCACGGCAGAUGGGCUGGAAGUGACCUUCGCUACAAACCAUGUGGGACCCUUCCUGCUCACAAACCUGCUCCUAGACCUAAUGAAGCGUUCUGCUCCUGCACGCAUUGUCAACGUGUCCUCAAUCAACCACUGGAAAGGCCAGGUCGACUUUGCACACUUCCAUGGGAACAGCUUGACCCGUGGAAUGGACAGCACCUACAACCAUACCAAGCUACACAACAUUUUGUGGGCUAAGGAGCUAGCGCAGAGGCUUCAGGGCACAGGCGUGACGGUGAACUCCCUGCACCCUGGUGUAGUAAAGACGGACGUGAUGAGAUACUACCACUGGCUUAUCAGGCUCAUCUUCAAUAUAAUAGGAAUCUUCUUUUUCAAGUCUGCGGAGGAGGGGGCAGUCAGCAUCAUCUACUGCGCUGUGGCCGAGGAGACCGAUAACAUCACUGGGAAAUACUUUGACAGCAACUGCUCACUUGUUCUUCCCUCCCCUUUGGCCCGGGAUCCAGCUCUGGCAGAGAAAUCGUUUGAGUUUUGCGAGAGACUGACCUCGAAGCUGUGAACAUCCAGAGUAAAGAGGAUAGGUGUUUUUCAUUUCAUUUAAUUGAAAUUAAGCUGUUUUUUACCAGGACAAUGCAUCAAGGACUAAAUAUCCUGCUGUAAUUCUUACGCUGUUUGUCAAAUACAGUGGGCGCAGCUAACGAAAAAGUUAGCUUCAAUGACCAUUAAUCAUAACCAUAUAUCAAUUACAUCACUUCAUAAUAUGGAAACGGAUAAAAUAUAAUUAAAAAGUACUAAAUUUAAAUAAAAA